AUGUCAUCCUACUAUGAGAGGAACAACGAGAUUAUAAGUCAAUGUUAUGAAGCUGAGGAUAGGUUAAAGAAAGCUUGGGGAUGGGGUGAUCAAAAGGCUUAUGCUAGGUUGAGAAGGUUCGCAAGUUGGUUUGAGGAUAUCUGGUUAGAAGUUGACGAUUUAACGGAUAAUUGUCAGCUUUAUGAUAGAGCAGAAUGUGCCGUUCUCUAUGCAUGUGAAGAACUUCUUGAGCAUACCGAAAUUCCCUGUGACGAUUAUCUCAAAUAUGUCGUCAGGAUACGAAAUUGCUUGAGACCAGAUGAGACUUGGUAUGAUUACCCAUACGAUGUGACAGGUCUUGAUGAAACCAGCGAUGAGGAAUCCGAUGAUGGGAUGAUGUUCCAGAUGGAUCCCUAG